UCUUUUAGACAAAACGAAAGUAAAACGUGCCACACCACAGACUGCUUAGGCGUGUUCCCUUGACGGACUUUCAAAUUUCACUUUUUUUUUUUACCCUGUCGUGUAUUUUUUGUCUGCUCGGGUACUUUACUUGUCCAAUAGCAUCAGCUUACAAAGGAUUGGUUUUCGAUAUAUUCGACAUUUUUCGCCGCAGCAGCUAGCAGCCUAGGCUGUGUUAAGGAGUCAACAAACAAUGAUUUCCAUUGCGGAAUAAACGUUACUCGUAGAAUUCAGAAAAGCCAACGGAGCAAAAGAGAUUUAGCUGGGCAAGACCAAAUGAAGCACCAUCUCCAGCUCUAUCAGUCCUGUCUGUGAUCAGUCAAUGGAUAGACCCACUGCAUUCAACAAUGCAGCACAAAGUCACAUUGGAGAGAAGGCAAGACCAGAUGAAGCACCAUCUCCAUCACUCUCACUCCUGUCUGCAAAGAGUGAUCAGUCAAUGGAUAGACCCAUUGUGUUCAACAGUGGAGCACAACAUUACAUGGGAGAGAAGGCGAGACCAGAUGAAGCACCAUCUCCAUCACUCUCACUCCUGUCCGCAAAGAGUGAUCAGUCAAUGGAUAGACCCAUUGUGUUCAACAGUGGAGCACAACAUUACAUGGGAGAGAAGGUGAGACUAGAUGAAGCACCAUCUCCAGCACUCUCACACCUUUCUAUGAAAAGUGAUCAGUCAAUGGAUCGGCCAAUUGUGUUCAGCAAUGAAACACCUAGUUACAUUGGUCCAAGACCAGCUGAGGCACCAUCUCCUGCAACUUCAUACUUCUCUUUAAAAAGCAACCAAUCAAUGGAUCGACUGAUUACAUUCAAAGACAGAAGUCAGCCUUACAGCGUUAAACGUCUGAGACUAGAUGAGGCUCCAUCUCCAUCACUCUCACUCCUGUCUGUUAAGAGUGAUCAGUCAAUGGAUAGACCCAUUGUGUUCAACAGUGGAGCGCAAACUUACAUGAAGGAGAAUCUGAGAUCAGAUGAAGCACCAUCUCCAGCACUCUCACACCUUUCUAUGAAAAGUGAUCAGUCAAUGGAUUGGCCAAUUGUGUUCAGCAAUGAAACACCUAGUUACAUUGGUCCAAGACCAGCUGAGGCACCAUCUCCUGCAACUUCAUACUUCUCUUUAAAAAGCAACCAAUCAAUGGAUCGGCCGAUUACAUUUAAAGACAGAAGUCAGCCUUACAGCGUUAAACGUCUGAGACCAGAUGAAGCACCAUCUCCAGCGCUCUCACACCUUUCUAUGAAAAGUGAUCAGUCAAUGGAUCGGCCAAUUGUGCUCAGCAAUGAAACACCUAGUUACAUUGGCACACUUUCAGCCACUCUGCUGACAGAAGACCACUACAGAUGCUCAGUUUGCACAGAGGUCUUUAAGGAUCCAGUUUCCAUCCCCUGUGGACACAAUUACUGCAAACACUGCAUUGAGAUCUACUGGAGCAAACCAACUCAAGCUGGAGGUUACGCUUGUCCUCAAUGCAGAAAGAGGUUCAGAGAUCGUCCUGUGUUGAGUGUAAAUGUUGCUUUGUCUAAAAUGAUCAAGGAACUCCAGAAGGCAGGAUUUAGUUCUGCUCUUCCUGCUCACUGCUAUGCUGGACCUGAAGAUGUUCCCUGUGAUAUCUGUGCUGAGAUGAAGCUUAAAGCUGUUAAAUCCUGUUUGACCUGCACUGCAUCUUACUGUGAGACCCACGUCAGACAACACUACACAGUACCAGCACUGCAGAGACACAACCUGGUGGAGGCUAUUAUGUUAUUACCUGACAGUCAGGACAUCAAGGAGAUCAAAGAGCUUCAAGUCAUUGAAGAGAUUUCAAGGGAUGAAAAAGCUGAAAAUUUUCAUCCAACUAAGUGCUUCUACAGUGGGUUUUACUGUAAUGAUUUGCCUAUGGAUGUAACUGAGAUUGCGGUGAUUGGACGUCCUUUGGAUCUUGGAAUGUUGUAUGACUGUCGCAAUGAUUCAUUUACUUCAGACGGUAAUCUUUGGGAUAAACACACUGUAACAAGUAACAGAAUAUCUUGGCCCCAACUGAAAACACAUCUAAAGGUUCUGGAAGAUGACUCCCUUCAGGAGAGAGGCAAAGCAUUUGAAAUGUCACCUAUGUUACGAGUAAGUGCUCUGUGUGGUCUUAUGGAGCUAAAUGGAGCUGCAGCUUUUCUGAAUCACCCAGUUCAGUCUCAACAUCAGGACAGAUUUACACUACACUAUAAAACCACCACCAGACUGGACAUGAUCAGCCAAAGACUGUUACAGGAAGGAGCUCCUACCUCAGCCAUUAAUGCAACCACAGCUACACAUGUGAUCAUCGCCGUGUUCUAUGGAGCUCAAGCAUUCUUUGUUUUUGAUAAUGAGAGAAUCAGCACAGAGAGAAAUACAGAAAUGGAAAAUGUUAUCAAGAAGCUUACCACCACUCUCAGUGCAAGAGAUGUGUUCUCAAGUCUUAAUGAAACUGAAAAGGCAAACAGCAUUUUAUAUGACUGCAGUCUGUACAUUGAUGUGGGCGAUUGGAAGAGUCCAGUGACUUUUGAUAAGGCGGUGGAGAUCUACGAUUCCCUGCCAACACUGCUUGGAUCUAAAGGAGAGAGAGCAGUUCCUCUGAAGGUCUGGCUGUAUCCUCUGAAGAAGCUGGACAAGAGCUCUGUGAGUGCUGCUCUGAGUGGAGUCAGUGAAAACUUGAUGCACCAAGCUGAGAACAUUCUGGAACAUCUGAGGAAACAGAUCAGGGUGUGUCAGGACAUGAUAACAGACUAUGAUAAUCUGACUGUGAUUACUAGGUUUCCUGCUUUGGAGGAAAAACUUCAGAACUUUUCAGAAUUUCUACAAGAGUACAUGACAGAGUUUCAGAGAAAAGCUGCUGAGAUUAUUGAAUCCAUAAAUGUCAAGGAAGGUGACAGACAGAAGAGUUUUCAAGAACUUAUCAGUUAUUGUAAUCAGUCUCCAUUCAAUCCAGAUCACACACAUCAUUGGCUUGAGAAGAAAAAAACUGAUCUGGCGGUUUUAAAUGAGUGCAGAGCAGUGAACAUGACUAUUGUGAAAUCACAGGAGGAGCUUCAGCGUGUCAUUAAUGAUCCUCAGAUGAACAAUGUAUUCUGCUUCACUAUUUCAUCAAUGGAGGCUGAAGAUUAUUUUCUCAUAGAUCUGAAGCAGCACGUUAAAUUAAUGAAAAAGUGGACAUUGACCACAUAUGAUAGUAUAAAGCCAGAAGAGUCACUGCAGUCAUUAAAGCCUGUUUGUGUCAGUCAGAAAGUACUUUCUGACCUAAAAGUAUUCUUUGCUGCCAAAGAGACAAAUGAAGAUCCAAAGCAAACGAAAUUCAUUGCUGCAUUUCUUCUUGAUGAUAGUUUUCCAGAAUACUCUGUGCAAUUUUAUCUUGAUGGUAGGAUUGUGAGCAGUAAUGUAAAGCUAGGAACAAAACCAAAUCUUGCCCAAAUAGUUCAGAUAAAGCACACCAUUGUUUCUCUGAAACUGAAUCAACCACAAACCAAAAACAAGAGAUAUGUGGUAGAGACCAGGGCUUUAAAUGAUGGUGGAAUGAACAACAACACAUGGAAACAGAUAAGUGUUUCUAGCAACCCCCUCAAGGAAACCUGUAUGAUUUUAAAUCAUCAAUAUCAGUCCGGCCAUCAAUAUCAGCUGAGGUAUUCAGUUAUUGAGCAGGACUGUAUGAGCAACUUUAGCCAGAUUAUGAACUUUCAGACAGCUGUUGCAGCAACACCUGGUCAACCCUUUGUGAAUAAACUGAACAAAAACACUAUCAGAGUCACCUGGUUGAAAGCUGAAACUGAUGAAGAUUGUCCAGUGCUGCAGUAUAUGGUUGAGUAUAAAGAAGCUGGACUGGAGGGCUGGUCAUCAGUACUAACUCAAGGAUCUCAGUGUGAAUGUACUUUAACUGUACCUCACAGCACCUGCUAUAGAGUCAGAGUCUCUGCUGUCUAUGAGGACAUCACCAGCAAACCUAGUGUGGAAACACCAGUACCAGUAGAUGCCUGGAGAAUAGACCUCUCAGAGAGAAAGAGCUCCAUCCUCCUAGAAGUGCUGAAACUCCAAACAGAGAAGAAACCAGUAGAGCUGAGAGACUGGACAGAUGAAGAGAGUGAAGUGAGGGGAUUCCUCCAGUGUCUGCCCUACAUCUCACAGCUCAGGUUUGAUGACAUUUUCUACAGGAAGAAAGAACCUGCUGUAAAGUUUCUGCUGAAUCUCUUUGUUUCAGCAUCAGAGUGUGAUGCAAAUAAAGGAAAUAAAGAAAAUUACACUGAUCUGUUAAUAGAUGUGUGCAGCUACACAUCUUUCCCCUGCAGUGACAACUGCACUAACCGUCACCCUGAUAAGUGUGAUUUCCUGCUGGAUCUUUACUCACAUAUGAAGGACUAUGAGACUCAAACAGGCAGGAGUGUCUUUCCAGCAUUACAGCCAAUUUAUCAUUCAGCUCCUGCAGUCUGGAGAAUAAAGCUCUCAGAGAGAAAGAGCUCCAUCCUCCUAGAAGUGCUGAAACUCCAAACAGAGAAGAAACCAGUAGAGCUGAUAGACUGGACAGAUGAAGAGAGUGAAGUGAGGGGAUUCCUCCAGGGUCUGCCCUACAUCUCACAUCUGAGAUUUGUUGAACCACAGAAUAAUUCAUCUGAAUCAUGGGAGGAAAGAAAGAAAUUAUUCAUACUGGAUUUGUGUCUUCAAGCUGCUCUCCACCAGAAAGAGACAAUAGAAGAAACUGUAAAGAAACUGCUGUUAUCUGUGAAUUAUGAGAGAUGUGAUUUCCUGCUGGAUCUGUGUUCACAUGUGAAGGACUAUGAGACUCAAACAGACAGGAGUGUCCUUCCAGCAUUACAGUCAGUUUAUCAGUCAGCUCCUGCAGUCUGGACCAUAAAGCUCUCAGAGAGAAAGAGCUCCAUCCUCCUAGAAGUGCUGAAACUCCAAACAGAGAAGAAACCAGUAGAGCUGAGAGACUGGACAGAUGAAGAGAGUGAAGUGAGGGGAUUCCUCCAGUGUCUGCCCUACAUCUCACAGCUCAGGUUACCUCCCUCACAGAAUGAAUACUUGAAAGUGACUGACUGGAGAUUGAGAUUACUAGUACUUGAUAUGUGUCUACAAGUACCUUUUUUAAAGAAAGAAAUCACAGAGACAUCUAUGGAUACAUUAUACUCUUACAUAUCCUGCGGAAAUUGUGAUUUCCUGCUCGAUCUGUACUCACAUAUGAAAGUCUAUGCAGCUCAAACAGGUAGGGAUAUCCUUCCAGCAUUACAGCCAAUUUAUCAUUCAGCUCCUGCAGUCUGGAUCAUAAAGCUCUCAGAGAGAAAGAGCUCCAUCCUCCUAGAAGUGCUGAAACUUCAAACAGAGAAGAAACCAGUAGAGCUGAUAGACUGUACAGAUGAAGAGAGUGAAGUGAGGGGAUUCCUCCAGUGUCUGCCCUACAUCUCACAGCUCAGAUUUGUUGAACCACAGAAUAAAACCACUGAACCAUGGGAGAAAAGAAAGAGAUCAUUUAUACUGGAUUUGUGUCUGCAAGCUGCUCUCAACCAGAAAGAGACAAUAGAAGAAACUGUGAAGAAAUUGCUGUCAUCUGUGAAUUAUGUGAAAUCUGAUUUCCUGCUGGAUCUGUGUUCACAUGUGAAGGACUAUGAGACUCAAACAGGCAGGACUGUCCUUCCAGCAUUACAGCCAAUUUAUCAGUCAGCUCCUGCAGUCUGGACCAUAAACCUCUCAGAGAGAAAGAGCUCCAUCCUCCUAGAAGUGCUGAAACUCCAAACGGAGAAGAAACCAGUAGAGCUGAUAGACUGGACAGAUGAAGAGAGUGAAGUGAGGGGAUUCCUCCAGUGUCUGCCCUACAUCUCACAGCUCAGAUUUUGUGAGAUUAACAACAUGAAGAGAGAAGCUGCUGUAAAGUUUCUGGUGAAACUGAUUGUUGCAGCAUCAGAAUUUGAAACUAGUGGAGAAAAUUAUACUGUGUUGUUCACAUCUGUGUGCAGCUACACAUCUUUCCCCUAUAGUGGAAGCUACACUAAACAUCAUCUGGAUCAAUCCAAUUUCCUGCUGGAUCUGUGUUCACAUGUGAAGAACUAUGAGACUCAAACAGGCAGGAGUGUCCUUCCAGCAUUACAGACGAUUUAUCAGUCAGCUCCUGCAGUCUGGACCCUAAACCUAUCAGAGAGAAAGAGCUCCAUCCUCCUAGAAGUGCUGAAACUCCAAACAGAGAAGAAAAUAGUAAGGCUGAGAGACUGGACAGAUGAAGAGAGUGAAGUGAGGGUAUUCCUCCAGUGUCUGCCCUACAUCUCUAAAUUGAGAUUUAUUUUACCAGAGAAGAAAUCAUCUGAACUAUGGAUUAAAAGAAAGAGAUUAUUCAUACUGGAUUUGUGUCUUCAAGCUGCUCUCCACCAGAAAGAGACAAUAGAAGAAACUGUAAAGAAACUGCUGUUAUCUGUGAAUUAUGAGAGAUGUGAUUUCCUGCUGGAUCUGUGUUCACAUGUGAAGGACUAUGAGACUCAAACAGGCAGGAGUGUCCUUCCAGCAUUACAGCCAAUUUAUCAGUCAGAUCCUGCAGUCUGGAUCAUAAACCUCUCAGAGAGAAAGAGCUCCAUCCUCCUAGAAGUGCUGAAACUCCAAACAGAGAAGAAACCAGUAGAGCUGAUAGACUGGACAGAUGAAGAGAGUGAAGUGAGGGGAUUCCUCCAGUGUCUGCCCUACAUCUCACAGCUCAGGUUUUGUAAAGAGACUUUGGAUGAAGAAGAACAAAAAGAGUCAGCAUUCAAGUUUCUGGUGGAUCUGAGUGCUGCAGCGACAGAGGAGAACAACACUGAGCUAGUGACUUCUGUGAUCAGCUACACAUCUUUCUGUGAUGAUGAUGAUGAUGAUUUUUAUUAUGAUGAAUUACGUAAAGAGCAUCUGACUAAAAAAUCAGAUUUCCUGCUGGAUCUGUGGUCACAUGUGAAGGACUAUGAGACUCAAACAGGCAGGAGUGUCCUUCCAGCAUUACAGCCAAUUUAUCGUUCAGCUCCUGCAGUCUGGAUCAUAGACCUCUCAGAGAGAAAGAGCUCCAUCCUCCUAGAAGUGCUGAAACUCCAAACAGAGAAGAAACCAGUAGAGCUGAGAGACUGGACAGAUGAAGAGAGUGAAGUGAGGGGAUUCCUCCAGUGUCUGCCCUACAUCUCACAGCUCAGGUUGGAAAGCAACCUUUUGGAGGAUGACUCUACUGCACAGAUUCUCUUAAAAAUGAGUGUUUCUGCAUCAGAGAUUGAUUCAGAUACAGGAGAGAAAUACACUGAACUAUUAACAUCUGUGUGCAGCUACACAUAUUUCCCCUUUCAAGAAUCUUCUUUAUAUCAUAUUGAGCAAUCCAAAUUCCUGCUGGAUCUUUACUCACAUGUGAAGGACUAUGAGACUCAAACAGGCAGGAGUGUCCUUCCAGCAUUACAGUCAAUUUAUCAGUCAGCUCCUGCAGUCUGGUCCAUAAACCUCUCAGAGAGAAAGAGCUCCAUCCUCCUAGAAGUGCUGAAACUCCAAACAGAGAAGAAACCAGUAGAGCUGAUAGACUGGACAGAUGAAGAGAGUGAAGUGAGGGGAUUCCUCCAGUGUCUGCCCUACAUCUCACAGCUCAGGAAUGCAGAGCGGUUCAUCCCUUCAUUGUGUGAAAUGUUUGGACCGAGAGUGAAGGCAGAUCAGGUGACUCCUCUGCUUCAAGCUUUAGACUUCACCGUCACUCUGAGUGGAAAAUUACCCAGCAGCACCUGCACAUCUGUGGGGAGAGUUCUGGGUCAUUCACCCUCCAAACUAAACCUGACUCUGAACACAAGCGUCAUCUCUCUCGGAGAACUCAAACUGCUCUUCAAACACAUCAAACACCUGCAGAAACUGAGUCUGGAAGACAAACUGUUAGUGAAGAUGUCCAGAGCACUGAGGUCAUUGAAUGCUCCUUCACUGACCACAGAGGAGUUUUCACUGCUCACAAAAGACUCAAAGCAAAAUCUCUCUCAUAUCCUGAGCAGCUUGACGUCUCUCCUGAGACUGUUGUCUGUUCAGUGUUUGGAUCUCACUGAGUGUAAAUCAGAGGCUCUUUCUCUCACGGCUCUGUUGGGUCUCCAGGAACCUCUGACUAUCAGGUUCUCUAAAGAGACUCUUCAGCAGCUGGUUUCACUAGUGUUUGAAGCACAGGAUGAUGAACUGACACGCUCUUUCCUGAAGAAGGUGUCUAAAGAUCUGACUUCCUGCUCACUGACCUGGGAACAGAUUCAUUACCUGCUGAAACAUCAAGCGCUGAAUCUGAAGUUGGACUUUAGAAAGAGCAAAAUGACCUGUGAAAACAUCAGAGAACUUCUGCUGGUGUUAGACAGAAUCCAGCUGAAAAGGUUGAGCCCCAGCUUUACUCUGUCCAUCAUUACGGAAAUUUAUGAGACUCGUUUUCCUCAGUAUGUGUCCAGUCUGAUGAGUUCAUUAAGAAAUGACAUCAAUCUGAGCGGCAGAGUGUUGGACUCUGUUCAGUGCGCUGUCACUGCGCUUCACUCUAGAGCACUGCAACACUGUCAAACUCAAUCUGCUCUGGACCUCCAUACCACAGGAGGAGCUGGAGAGCUUUCUGCCUUUGAUCAGCAGAGUCACACGACUCAGUGUUGACAGGCAGCUGCUGCUGAAGCUGCUUCAUUGCUGCAGUUCCUCUGAUCUCCAGCAGGAGGCAGCAGCUGCUCUGCUCUCUGCUCUUCACAACAGACUGGACUUCUCCUGCUGCUCCGCACUGGAUUUAACAAACCACACAGGAAAAAUCAAGAACAUUUGAAACUAACAAAUAAAGACUGUAGAAUAAUCUCAUCUGUGCUUCAGAAAACCCAAAGUUUUGUGAAGUUAAUUUUACAGGACUGUGAGAUCUCUGAUACGGCCCUGAAACAACUUUGGCCAAUCCUGCCUCGAGUCCAGCUGAGCUGCAGUAAAGCUCUGCUGCUGCAGUUUCUGGCUUGUAUCAGUAAAGGUGGAUCUCAGAGAAGCUCUUUGAGGAGGACUGAGGCUCUUUCACAGGCUUUGGGAGGAGAGAUGGAGCUCAGUCACACUCAGAUGGACCAGAGCGCUUGUGAACAUCUGGCACUGUUUCUGGAAUAUUCUGAAGGGCUGAAAGAACUGGAUCUCAGUCACUGUAAACUCACUGAUGACUGCAUGAAGCCGCUGCUGCCGCAUCUGCACAAAACUCAGACUCUGGACCUGAGUCACAAUAAUGUCACAGCUGAAUCAGCAGAGAGAAUCCACAGUGUCGUCUCCACUCACAGCAAUAUUCAGACUGUACGACUGUUUGGAAACAAAGUCAGUGACAGAAAGCAGUUCAUCGGAGACAAGCGAUUUGAAAUAUGGUGAAGAUCCUGGACCGUAACCUGAAGAUUCAUCAUUAAGAGGAUGUGUUGUAAAUGACUUAAUUCAUUAUAAAACACACUGACAAUCACUUUGCAAAACACUAAAAAUCUGGUAGUUUAUUUUUAUGAUUAUUUUUAAAGAAGCUUCUUUAUCUUUAACAUAGUCUGGUUCAUUUGAAGCAGAAUGAUUUUAUUGAAAUAUUUAAAAUUUUGCAACGUUGUGAUAAUAAUGUAUAUUUACAUUUAUUUGAGAUAUAAGAAAGUUGCGCGUUAUGGUAAUUAUGCAGUAAAAUGAAUGUUAGACCCAACCUGAACAAACAUGCAUGUUGUACUUGCUUUGUACUUUUGUUUUACUUUUGAUAUCUCUCUAUAUGAAUAUUUGUUCAUUAUUAUUCAAUAUUCACUUAAUACUUUUAACCUUGUUACUGUUUAAUCUUAUGUUGCCUUCACAAAUAAAGAUAAGACAAAGUGUCCAAUUUAAAGGUUUUCAUUACAUGUUAAUUAGUUAUUUUCUGUUGACUUUGCUUUGGUAUGAUAGCACUUGUUGAAUUAAUUUUUUAUGAAUGAAUGAAUUAGUGCUGGUCAAAGUUAGACUGAGCACUGGGAAAAACACAACUAAAAUAUUUUUUAAUAAACUCUGCAGAUGUUGUACUAGAA